AUGGUCAUCUCUCUGUUUCGUUGGUACAAUGGCAAGCUGGCGUCGCGCCCACUGCUCACCCAGAGCGUCACGACGGCCGUCUUGUUUGCCACGGGCGACAUUACGGCCCAGCAGCUCGUCGACAAGCGCGGCAUCAAGGGCCAUGACCUGACGCGCACCGGGCGCAUGGCCCUUUAUGGUGGAUUCGUCUUUGGCCCCGUGGCCACCACGUGGUUCGGCUUCCUGGCCCGGCGCGUCAACUUCUCCAACCGGCGCAUCGAGACGCUGGCCCGCGUCGCCUGCGACCAAACACUCUUCGCCCCCGUCAUGAUCGGCGUCUUCCUCAGCAGCAUGGCCACCAUGGAAGGGGCCAGCCCCAAGGAGCGGCUGCAGAGGACGUGGUGGCCGGCGCUGCAGACCAACUGGAUGGUCUGGCCGUUUGUGCAGAUCGUCAACUUUACCUUCUUGCCGCUCCAGCACCGCGUCCUGUUUGCCAACAUCAUCUCCAUUGGCUGGAACUGCUACCUGAGCUGGGUCAACAGCCAGACGCCGGCGUCGGCGGUGCAGGAGACGGGAGGAGACAAGGAAAGGGAAAAGGCAUAA